GCGUGCGCUGUGUUAUCGUCAAGUCCAUACCGAUAAAUAUAUGUUUAAAUGAAUUAAUUUCGAGUAGUUUCCGUUUAGCUUUUAAAACUGACAACAUUUCCGACUUACUUCCGAGUUUAACCAUUAUAGGACGAAGUUUUACUGAAUUUUUUCCAAAACUAGUGGCAUGAAUAAUAGUUUUUUGUUAGACUUCAACCAUCACAUUUUACAACCGGCCAUGAACUCUUGUUUCCCUCCGUUGGCUACCCUGACUCUUAAAGACAAGCGGCGAAACUCCGCUUAUUUGGAGUCUACUAUCGCCGGAAAUCAACCCACCUCCGGUGGGGGCAAACCUAAUGUCAUUCAAGACAUGGAAAUGUUUUAUAUCAAGCAAAUAGCUCAUAACCUCAAGGAUUUCGAGCUGGAGCAAAAAAUGGAAUUCGAAAUGAAAAUGCGUGAAGGGACAACUCGGUUGCUGGCUGCCUGUAAACAUCAAACGCAAUCGUUGCAAGCCGCCAAGAGUCUAUUGACUUCUAACGAGCGAAUGACUGCCUACAUAGCAGAAUUGCAUAGAAAGAGUCGAGAGCCACCGCAAAUUGGAUGGAACGGAGGCAAAGCAAGGGUGUCUCUUUCUGAUUUAAGAUUACCUCUCAUGUGGCGUGACACAGACCAUUUCAAAAAUAAAGGAGACUAUAGACGAUUUGCAGUGUUCUGCUUGGCUAGAAUAGGAACACAGGUCUACGAUACUGGGCUCCAGUUUCCGGUGGAUAGAUCCAUGACUGAUGUAACGUUUAAUGACACUCUUAUGUUUGAAAAUGUUGGACCAGACUUUAAACUCGACUUAGAAGUGUAUGCACAUGUAUUGCGUGAUGACCUCUCAAUAGCGACUACUUCUAGAAAAAUAAAAAAUACUUUACAUAGCUCUAUUAGCCGCACCGUGGGGAAAAAAUUAGCUGCCACUUUACGAGACGAAUUAAAUAGUGGUAAAAUUGGGCCAAGUUUUGAGCUGAUGGCAUCUGCAAAAUUAACUCUGGACGAAGUUGAUGAUAGGGUUCAUACACAUGAUAUGAAAAUAGAAAGCAUUCAAAAUCGUAGUCAUCAAUUACCUUUAUUUGGACAUUUUUGUUGUCGCUUGGCUGCUCAACCUCAAUGUGUGUCAUCUCCAGUAUAUUCCGGCUAUGUCAAGUCACGGGAUGUUUCAUCUCUUCUAUGGGCACGUCUUCAAAGAUUUGAACUAUCAUUAUGGUUAUCUGCUAAUGAAGCUGACUGCCAACCACCUCAGAAUUCCUAUAGAGUAGAUAAACAUACAGUUAUUAGAGCAUUAAAGUCGAAUAAUGAAAUAGAAAUUUCAAAUCAAGUAGAAAAAAAAACUAUUUCUUUUAUAUUUAGAGCGAAUAAUGGCGAAGAUAAAGGAAACUGGCUUAAACAUCUUGUACAACAUUCAAAAGAAUAUUAUAAAUGGAAAAAAGCUGCUGAAAAUAUUAUGGAGGUACAGCUGUUAGAAAAUAAUAGACACUCAUUUGUUAAACCUGAGCGACAAGGAUCUCUUUAUGAUGAAACACCGUUACUUGAAACAAUUGAUAAAGAUAAUCAUAGACCUACUGUGUUGGAUAUAUUUUCCAAUCAAGAACAAAAUUCAACAACGAGUCUUACUUCAUAUUCAUCUACUGGUUCUCGUGAGUUACGUUCUAAUUCAUCAUCAUCAUCAUCUAUUGUAAGCAGUAGUAGUAACCAAAAAUCAAGAUCUCAUUGGCCUUUUUCAAAAAAAACAUAAUUACAUUUAAAUGUACAUCGAUGAAG